AAUUUUACCAUGCAGGCAUGUCCCUGGCUGGGGCUAGCCGCAGAGCUGCGCAUGCGCGCGGGUAGUAAUCCCGGCUGCGGCCUCGAGGGGGCGCUGCCAACCCGCCAAGGCUCCUCCACGUUCGCCGAGCGACCGGCUUGCAAACGUAGAAAGCGCAGGUGCCGUGCGCAUGCGCGCUCCGUGCUGCUCAGCUAACAUGGCGCCUGUGGAGCACGUUGUGGCGGACGCCGGGGCUUUCUUGAGGGACGCGGCUCUGCAGGACAUCGGGAGGAACAUCUACACCAUCCGGGAGGUGGUCCACGAGAUCCGCGACAAGGCCACGCGCAGGCGCUUGGCGGUCCUGCCCUAUGAGCUACGGUUCAAGCAGCCUUUCCCGGAAUACGUGCGGCUGGUGACUGAGUUUUCAAAGAAAACCGGAGACUACCCCAGCCUCUCAGCCACUGAUAUCCAAGUGCUGGCACUCACUUACCAGUUGGAAGCAGAAUUUGUUGGAGUAUCUCAUCUAAAGCAAGAACCAGAAAAGGUUAAAGUGAGCUCCUCGAUUCAGCACCCAGAAACUCCUCUGCACAUUUCUGGUUUCCACCUGCCCUCCAAGCCUAAACCUGCACAAGAAACAGUAGAUUGUGGAGACCCAGCUGAUGGGCCCAAGAACCUGGAAUUCAGCUCCUUCAUGUUCUGGAGGAACCCUCUGCCUAACAUCGAUCAGGAGCUUCAGGAGCUGCUGAUUGAUAAAGGGGAGGAGGAGGAAGAGGAAGAAGAAUUUGAAGACAGUGAUGAUGAUGGGGGUGGGUGGAUAACCCCUAGCAACAUCAAGCAGAUCCAGCAAGAGUUGGAGCACUGUGACAUCCCAAAGGAUGUGCGAGUUGGCUGUGUAACUACAGACUUUGCCAUGCAGAAUGUUCUCCUGCAGAUGGGCCUACACGUGCUGGCAGUAAAUGGCAUGCUGAUUCGAGAGGCCCGGAGCUAUAUCUUGCGCUGCCAUGGCUGUUUCAAGACAACAUCAGAUAUGAGCCGAGUAUUCUGUGGGCAUUGUGGGAACAAGACCCUGAAGAAGGUAUCUGUGACCGUCAAUGAUGAUGGCACACUGCACAUGCACUUUUCCCGAAACCCCAAGGUGAUGAACCCCCGAGGCCUCCGGUAUUCUCUGCCCACUCCCAAAGGGGGCAAAUAUGCCAUCAACCCCCAUCUCACCGAGGAUCAGCGCUUCCCCCAGCUGCGACUCUCCCACAAGGCCAGGCAGAAGACCAACGUGUUUGCCCCUGACUACGUAGCUGGGGUAUCUCCCUUCGCAGAGAAUGACAUCUCCAGCCGCUCAGCCACCUUGCAGAUCCGGGACAGCACCUUGGGAGCGGGCAGGAGGCGCUUGAAUCCCAAUGCUUCCAGAAAGAAGUUUGUAAAGAAAAGGUGAAGUGCAGGCCCUGGCAGGAAGAGUGGAUUGUGGGCAACCGGGGCUGGUGCCUGGUCUCUAGCCAUGCUGUCCACAGAACCGGCUACAUAGAAACCGAAGGUCUAGCCUCAAAGUGCUGCUCAAGACUCCUUCAUGCUGAGUGGGGUCACAGUGGAACAUUGCUGUCCCUUGGCUUCCAGAUCCAGGACUUCAUGGGAAGGGGAGCUUGAAAACAGAACAGUGCACUGGAGCUGACAUUGACCCUUUCGUUCAAAGGAAACAGUGUCCAGAUGAUAGUAUUUUUCUAAUAAACUUUGUUGUAAGCUCCUGGGCAUUUAAUUUCUUGUGUCUUUGGCGAAUACGAAUACUAAACACCAUAUGCCUGAGGACCAAGUAUGUAGAUUAUUUAUUUUUGGUCUUCUUGAGACAAGGUCUCCCUGUAGCCACAGCUGGCCUGGAUUCGCUAAUAGAGACCAAGCUGGCCGUGAACUCACAGAGAUCCGCCUGCCUCUGCCUCCCGAGUGCUGGGAUUAAAGGCGUGUGCCACCAUGCCUGGCAAUGUAGAUUAUUUUUUACCAGAAAUUAUAUUUAUACAAUAAAAUUGAAGCACUUCUGUUUUCUUCUUUUUAACCUCUGAAAGGAAACAAGUUGAGUGAUGCCGGAAAAUCCAGGGUCGUGAACUCACACGGCCGUUCAUCUGGAUCCACAUUUGACACAUUCUGUCUCCUUUCUAUGAAGAUGGAGCAAAAAUGUCUCCUAAGGAAAGGGUGAUCUUUUACAUAAAUAAGGCUUUUUAUCAUUCAGGAAAUACUAGCAUACCAUGUAAUAUGUACUCUGCCCUGGAAAGUAGCCAUGUCAGUAUGCAGACAUCAGUUGCAUAUUCUUACCGCUGCCUAAAUCUCUAUCCUGAAAAGCUACCAGGUCAAGCAUUUAACCAAAUGAUAAGAUCUGUGUUAAGUAGUUAAUCUACAGUAUUUCCAGCGGGUGUUAAAUGAUUUGCCCAGAAUCAUGGAUUGUCACUAGCUAGAGCUAGAUUUCAGUUUAGUCCAAGUGUGCUGUUAAGCCAUGAAUGCACCUGUGGAGAUUGUGAGCCAUGUGCUGACCACUGGGUAUGUGAAUCUCAAGCACUCAGCUGCCUGCUGAGGAGCUGCUGCCAUUGGAGUCCAGGAUGAGGCCACACCUGCCCUUCCCAUUUCUCCUCACACUGUUGGACCAAACAUACAGGAAAACAAGGCAACACGAAAGCUGCUUUUUGUCUUACCACAAGGAAAUAUUUCUGGGCCAGCACAAUCCUAUGCAAGCAUGGUGACCUGAGUUUAAUCCCCAGAACCUACAAAAAGCUGGAAGGAGAGAGCUCACUCUAUAAAGCUGUCCUACCUCCUAUAUACACCCUACAUGCAAUAAUAAAAUUGUUUUGAAUUUAUUUUUA